AUGCGACGUCGAGGUGGCGCAUGGCCUGAGCUGGAGCAGGCCAUGGCGCGGUGGAUCGCAAACGCAGGGCCCGCUGGCGUGCCUCUGACGCUGCAGACCAUCCGCGACCAUGUCGCCACGAUGGCACGGAACAUGGGCAUUCCGCCCACAUUCCGAUGCUCCAUAGGCUGGGUGCGUCGUGCUUUGAAGCGCCAGGGAGUGAGGUGCCGGGCAGCACAAGGCGAGGCGGCUAGUGCGGACAUGGCCGCCGUGCGCCACGCACGUGAGAAGCUGCCACAACUCCUCACGCAUCUCGGUGUCACCCCGCGGGACACGUUCAACAUCGAUGAGACGGCGCUCUGGCUGUCGGUCCUCCCUCGGCGCACGUACAGCAACGGUCGGAUUCCGGGCCGCAAACUUUCGAAAGAGCGGCUCACCGUGGCAUUCCUCGUCAAUGCUGACGGGAGCCACGUCUUCCGACCGGUCGUCAUCAGUAAGGCUAAGCGGCCGCACGACUUCCGCCCGGAUUAUGACUCGGAGUCCCUUUGCUACUGGCGGCACAACGCCAAAGGCUGGAUGACCUCGCCGCAUUGGCUGCGGGCCUUCACGGCCUUGUGGAACGGCGAGGGCGCGACUACCGCCGUCGCCCGUUUCCGCCCCAAUUUGCGCGAUGUCCUCGCGUGGCUGUCGGACGCGUGGAUGUCUGUCGGCGAGCGCACCAUUCAACGGUGCUGGUGGCGCACGGGGUGUCUGCCGCUGUCAUGGUCCCUGGAGCUGUCGCAUGUACACGACGAUGAGCCCACCCCUGCCGUCUACCCCGACAUCGAGCUCGACGACGACAUCGAUGAUGUCGGGACUCUCAUCAGCGGGCUCGCACUCGGGAAUGCGGCGAUGACGGCCGCAGAGUACGUCGCCAUCGACGACGGCGAGCCGACGAGCGCCGAGGGCGCUGAGGGACAGCCUCCGAACGAGCCGGAGUCGGGCGUAGACGCCGAAAUCUGGCAGGCGCCGACUACCAUUCCAGCCGUCUACGACGACGCCGACCCCGUGUGCCGCGAAGCGCGCCGCACUGCCCGGGCGGCAUGCGAGAUGCUUAUAGGAUACGCUCGGGCCACCCGCAUCACGCCGCGCGAUCUGUGCCAUCUAUUCGAUAUACGCAACCCCAUUAUAAUCGCGCGGAUGGAGCGGGCUAGCCCGUCGUUCAACCUCAACGUGGCGCCUCAGCCCGUACCCUCCCCGGGCGCAACUCCCACGCCCGAGACCCAUCGUCCGCGCGGUCGUGUGCUGCCCGACUGGAUGACCCGGCCGUCUCGCCGUCAGGAGCUGUUUGACGCCGGUGUGGGCGCCGUGAUGGACGGGUAUGUGGACGCGGCUGAGUGGAUGCGUAUCGUAGCGAUGGCGGCAGCAGGCGUGCCGAUCCCCGCGCGUCCCGUCUCAGCUGCCACCACCGUGCCGCAGUCUCCCGGCGCCGUCUUCUGGUCCGACGAUCCCGAAGCGGCCGGGCUCAACGCCUCCGCUAUUAUUAGCGCGGGCGUGAGCGGCAGCGGCGGCGCGGCGGUUGGGUACCCCGCGACGGACGGGGGGGGCAUGGCGCAGGUCUUCUUGUCCCCCGCAGACGCCAGACCUGGGGGACCCCCGCCAGAACCCAUUCACGCGCCGUCAUCGUCGCUCCACGUCAUUCCCGAGGUGUCUCUAGCCGUGGUGGUGCUGGUGCUCGUACUGCUCGUGUGCCUGCUGCUGCUGCACCGCUACCGCUACCGGCUGCGCAUCUCCUACUUUACCAUUUGGGAGGCACAACUCGACGGCGAAGAUCGGAGUGCAGGCAACCAAGGAAGUGGCGGCGGAGCGUUCCUCGCUGGCAGCGGCAGCAGCGCGACGGGCGGAGGCGGAGCAGGAGGCGCGAGCGCGGGUCGCGGGGCGAACUAUCGGCUCCGCGUGGGGGCCGGCGGCGGUGGUAGUGGAGGCAGGGCAGGGCGGAGGGACGACAGCAGCGAGUGGGUGCACGUGCUUCUGGACAUACACGGAUUCAGGGACGCCCUGGGCGACGACCAUUUGUACCGCGUGGGGGCCGCUGGGCUCGCCCGAGGGUAUAGCCGCGGUGGCCGUGGGCAUGGCGGCAGGCGGGCGCCGUCUGGGCUGGAUGUGGCGACUAUCAACUCCUUGGGGUCACUCACGGUGUUCGAGCGUAGUAAGGGCUGCGUGAAGGGCAGCUUGCAGCAUGCGGAGAGUGGGGUGGGGGAGACGGCGGAGGUUCAGGCGGAGAAACGGGGCGGGCGAGAACGGACGAGGGAGAUGGGAGAGCAGGGAGAGGAACACGAGGUGGUCGGUACUCCUGAUCUGAACCCGUCCGGGAGAAAAAUGGUGACGGUCGAGCCAGCGAUGGGCAUUUAUGCUUCGCGAGGAACGAGAGUGGAGGAGAUGGGAGCACGAGAAAUAGAGAGAGAGCCAGCAGGCUUGCAUUCAGGGCCGGCAGAUGGGCUGACAGGCGUGAAAGACGGCGUGCUGGGGAGUGCGUGGUCGUGUGUGUCUAUCGAUGUGCGGGUGCGGGAGGCAAGAUGCAAGCGAGGCCGCGGCAGACACAGAGCGGAGCACGGCAGGUGUGGGUGCGAUGGAACAUGCCACGAGGAGCAAGGCGGGGUAGCAGAGCAAGGGCCAGCCGAGGCCAUGAGGCAUGGCGGCGCAGGAGAAGAUGGGUCGGGGCGUGAGAGUGAGGUGGUGGUGAGCUGUGAGGAGGGCGAGUGUGCGGUGUGCCUGAGCGUGUACGUGGAGGGGGACGUGCUGCGCACCCUGAACAAAUGCCACCACCACUUCCACCAGAUUUGCAUUGACGAGUGGCUUUCCGGCAGCACCUCCUGUCCUCUGUGCCGCACGGCUAUGGUGCCUGACAGAUCCCCCCACUGCAAGCAGCGGCGGCAGCAGCGGCAAGAGGAGGAGGAGGAGGAGGAGGAGGAGGAGGAGGAGGAGGAGGAGGUGAUGGAGGAGGAGGAGGAGGAGGAGGAGGAGGAGGAGGAGGAGGAGGAGGAGGAGGAGGAGGAGGAGGAGGAGGAGGAGGAGGAGGAGGAGGAGGAUGAGGAGGAGGAGGAGGAGGAGGAGGAGGAGGAGGAGGAGGAGGAGGAGGAGGAGGAGGAGGAGGAGGAGGAGGAGGAGGAGGAGGAGGAGGAGGAGGAGGAGGAGGAAGAGCAGGAGAACGAGGAGGAAGAAGAAAUGCCGAGGUAUCUGGCGCAUCAGCAUCAGCUGCCCAUGUGCAUGACCCACAGCACACCCUCCAUUCCCUGCACCACGCGUCAUCUGACUCCUCGGCGCCCCCAGCAGGUGCUGAACCAACCGCUCUCGCUCACACCCUACGGCAGGAGCAGCAGAAUGAGCUAA